AUAUUUGGAUAGUAAAUAUGGUAAUAAUUCACGUACAUUGUUUUAGAAAAGCAAAUGAGACUUUUAUCAAUUAUAAAAAUAUUCCAAGAUGCUAAGUAAUAUUAAUUGAUGUCUCAAAUGCUUUUAUGAGCAAAACUUACUUUGCCUAGCAACAGUUACUAGGUGGGAUUUAACUCAUAACCUCAGACACAGUCAUGACAACAUAAGUAGUUUCUUAAUGAGCUCCUGAAGAAGCAGGUGGAUACAUAUCUUGCCAUAUAAUGGUGGUCCUUUUCUCUUUCUUCCACUGACCAUCUUGCCAUACAAUGCUGAAGCCACCUUAUUUAUUCCACUGACAUGCACAAACUCAAAGGAACACCAAAUAUAAUUCAGCUUUGAAUGGAAGAAAUUAAGUUUUUGUAUCUGCAUCUGAAUAAGUUACUUCAUUCUCUUCAAAGGAGGGAAAAGAUCUCAUGCAAUCAUGAUUAGAAAUCCAGAUUUUGAUACAUUUGUUUGCUGUGCUGUUUGUUCAAAACUAAUUCCACCGCCUCCUACACCAGAGACCUUUGACCGGAUUAGGGAAUAUAAACCUUAUAAAACUCGGUAUUAUACACACAAAGAUAUAUUGGAGAUCGGAGCAGACCUUAAGCAAGAAGAUAUAGACCAAAGAGAACAGGAAAUACAAAAACGAAUAGAAAAAGUGCAAACUAAACUCUUGCUUCAGGCUGAGGUAGCAAAAGAAGAUGCAGUAGAAGAUGCUCUUAAUCACGCUGAAGCACUACACAAGAAAGAUAUUAAAGAACUUAAAAAGAAACAUGAACAAACAUUAGAAAAUACGGUGAAGAAAACAAGGACCGAAAUGCUGCAGCACCUGGAACUGGAGCUGAAGAGAGAAUCAGAAGCUGCUGAGCAGAGGAACACUCACAAACUGCAGCGGAUGAUGCUACAGCUGGCUAUGGAAAAAAUGGCAGCUGUAGCUGACGGGAGGCAGGAUGAGAGACACAAGGCAGCUGUACUUCUCGCCAAACAGGAAAAAAAAUUUUUGGAGCAAAUCCACCAAGCUGGGGUAAUCGCUAAUGAAAUUUAUCAGAAGAACCUGCAACGGUUAGCCUGGGAGAAAAAACAUGAAUUGGAAACUGCCUUUAAGGUCUCUCAAAAGGAAUUUGAGGAAGAGACUAGGAAACUGCUUGAAACUGCUGAUAAUAUUCGCGAGGCUCAGCUUGAAGAAGUGAACGUUGAAGUGAACAGGAAAGAAAGUGAAAUCCUGUCUCUGAACCAGCAACUGGAAUAUAUGACAGCCUGGAAAAACAGCCUGGAAGCUGAAAUAUUAGAAACCAGGGAAGCUUUUCAGAAAUACAUUAACGUCACAUUUCCCCAGCUUGCCCCGGGGCAAGCAGAUUUCAUCUUACCGUUCCGAAAAAUAUCUGCAUUCACAGACUCUGGGGUAGAACAGUAA